CGUAUUUGUUUUGUUUGUUUUUUGUUUUUUUUUAAACGUUUUUCUGAACCAAACUGCUUUCGAGCAGACCUCAACACACACGUAAGAGGAUAAAUCGCCAAAAGUGGUUUGAAUCCACUAUUUAUACUCAGAUUUUUCUUUUUAUUAUUCCUUUUUUAAAAAUCACAGCCUUUGUGCAGUGUUUUCUUUAUUUGGAACAUCAAAAUGCUGCUUGAACACCCGGGGUCAAGCUGUCAAAACACCGGGAAUUUCUCCCGGUACAGUUCAGGCCAAGAAAUCCCAGUAUGCGCAGGCUGCAAUCAACACAUCGUGGACCGCUUUAUUCUCAAAGUGCUGGAUCGCCACUGGCACAGCAAGUGCCUAAAAUGCAGCGACUGUCAGGCACAACUUGCGGACAAGUGCUUCAGCAGGGGCGACAGCGUGUACUGCAAAGACGAUUUCUUUAAGAGAUUCGGGACCAAAUGCGCAGCUUGUCAGCAGGGGAUACCGCCUACGCAGGUGGUGAGGAGAGCGCAGGACUUCGUGUACCACCUUCAUUGUUUUGCCUGCAUCGUUUGCAAGAGACAACUAGCCACAGGUGACGAGUACUAUCUGAUGGAGGACAGCAGGCUGGUCUGUAAGGCCGACUAUGAGACUGCCAAACAAAGAGAGGCAGAUUCAACUGCUAAGAGGCCACGAACAACCAUCACAGCUAAACAACUGGAAACACUGAAAAAUGCUUACAAUAACUCUCCAAAACCAGCCCGUCAUGUCCGAGAGCAGCUAUCAUCUGAGACAGGCCUGGAUAUGCGGGUUGUGCAGGUUUGGUUUCAGAACAGGCGAGCUAAAGAGAAACGGCUGAAGAAAGACGCGGGGCGUCAGCGAUGGGGGCAGUACUUUCGCAAUAUGAAGAGGUCACGAGGAAGCUCCAAAUCUGACAAGGACAGUAUCCAGGAGGAGGGCAUAGACAGUGAUGCUGAAGUCUCUUUUACAGAUGAACCUCCGAUGUCGGAGCUUGGCCAUACUAACAGUAUUUACAGCAGCCUGAGUGAAUCCUCUCCUGCCAUGGGGGGCCGCCAAGGGGGUAACAACCACAGCUCCUUCCCCCUUGAACAUGGGGGGCUCCCCUCUCAAGAUCAGUUCCAUGACAUCCGCUCCAACAGCCCCUACGGCCUUCCCCAGUCGCCUGGGUCACUUCAAGCACUACCCAGACACCAGCCUAUAAUCUCCAGUCUCAUCUACCCGGACUCUGGCCUUUCUAUCAUGACCCAGGGCAGCGGACCUGGGAUCAACCCCGCUGUGAGGGUUUCCAUGGGAGCAGCCAAUGGCCCCAGCUCGGACCUCUCCACUGGCAGCAGUGGUGGAUACCCAGACUUUCCUGCUAGUCCUGCAUCCUGGUUAGACGAAGUAGACCAUGGGCAGUUUUGAUUGGUCAAUAAGAAACUGAAACCUUUUGCUCUCUAUUUUUUUUUCUCUCUCUCUCUCUGUCUCCUGUUGGACUUAGGAAGUGGAAAAUGAAAAAAUCAGACUGAGAUAUGUUCAAUAUCGAUGAUCUAAAUGGAAACAAAGAAGAACAGGUCCAUCAUUUAUAGCACUUGGCCAGCCAUUUUUUUCAGUGUGAGGCUUCCUGAAAAACAAGCAUUUUGUCAAGAUUCAAUUUCCAGAAACCACCAUAUAAGCUCUUUUAGAACAACUCAGAGACUGUAGAAAGAGACUCCAAAUAUUUAGACUUUAACUAUUUGGAUUUUCAGAAACUCAGCUCUCAUCCCACUGCUCUUUGUUAACCUCAGUGUGUUCAGGUGAAGAAUCCAGUUCAACAUUCAGAGUCUUUAAAUGUCUGGUUGUUGCCAAAUAUCUAUAUAUGAAUAUAUAAUGGUUUAUCAUUGUGGAGACUUUAUUUUUAUACAAACCCCUUCUUGGAAGUGAAUAAGAACCUGGACAUGAGGAGUUUGUACAUUCUUGAACAGGGAUUUAGGCAAAAAUGUAGAUGUUGUCUUAAAUGGUACCUAGGGGUCCAAUUACUUCUAUGCAUUAGUGUGUUCUCAGAUGUACCUUGUUCGUUUUGUUCUAUUGGAAAAAAAAACCCAAGGAAGAACUGUAGCACCUCGGGAUCUGAUGUAUAUGUUUGUUUAUGUGGAAAAUGUUUUAUGUAUUAUUUAUUCCCUCUGGUAAUGACUAUGAUUCAUAAUUAA